AUGGCGGGGAAGACUGUGAUACAACACGUGAUGUCGAACCUUCAAGAAUCUGGAUAUGAAUAUUGGUAUCGAAGUAAUGAAGCUGAUGAUACACUUACUGAUUUGAUGUUCGCUGCUCCUAUUUCAUUGAAACUUUUGCGGUUAUUCUCUCACGUUAUAUUGAUGGACUGCACUUACAAAACCAAUAGGUAUGAGAUGCCACUUUUGGAAAUAAUUGGAAUCACUCCUGUUGGUUACAAUUUUACAAUUGUUGUUGCUUUCAUAUCACAUGAAGAUGCAAACACAUAUGAAUGGGCUUUGCGUUGUUUGAAAUGUGCAUUGGGGGGCUGGGUGGAAAGUGCUCAUAAAUCGUCGAAGGGUUGGAUUAGUGCUUCUACCGGUGCCGUGAACACCAUUCAAUAUCAGCUCGACUCCGGGGUUGAGUAUCAACUAACCAAGAUCAUCGGUGAGUUUUCAAAAUGCAGUUUAAUCCGGUUGCAUAAAUCAUCGUAUCCGGUAUUUCAGGGUUUGAUAUGCAAAGUUACACAUAAAGCAUUAAAUUUGCUUGAUGAUGAGCUCAAAAAACCGGGGUUCCAAGACCCAUCUCUUUGUGAUCACGUUUUGUGGGUUACUCAUGCACUUCCAUGUGCAUGCCGAAUUGCGUUGAAAAUCCAGCAACGUGAUACAUUUAUAUCUAUGGAUCUACAUCCAUUUUGGAGUACCAUGCACGUUGAAGAACCAGAAAUACCUGAAGCACAGAUGGAUCACACCAUCCACUUGGCAGAGUCUGCAUAUGUUAUACCGAAAGGAAGGCCAAAGGAUAAACCGAAGAGAGAUAAUCCGGUUGGGAGUUCUAAGGGUCGAAAAAGUACUUCUACCAGAAGCCCACCAUCGAAAGUAACCGAUCCCGGUUCUGGUCGUGGACGAGGGCGGGGUCGAGGGAGUGGUAGAUCAAGUGAUGAAUAUACUGCUAAACAGAAGAGUAAUCCGAUGCCUCGAAAGAAACCGGGCGAUGAGCUCAAUUUCAGAUCUUACAUCCCAGGUUUUGUGGCAGGAUCUAUUGUGUCGUAUGUUAAUGUUAAAGCAGAUAGAAAUUGUGGGUACAGAUGUGUUGCAGAAGCAGUGUUCCGAGAUCAGCACAGAUGGAGUCGUGUAAGGAGAGAUUUGAUUGCCGAUAUGUACGAGCGAUUUGGUACGUACGCAUCGCAAAAUGGUCAAGAUGAAGUCAUCCGAUGGAUUACAAGAUGCGAUUGGCAAGAAGGACCGUGCAGUCGGGACAAAUGGAUGUCAUUUCCGGAUAUGGGAAUGUCGAUAGCGACUAAAUACAAUGCGACUUUGGUCUUAUACGCCGUUGUCGGAAGUAUAACCUACUUACCUCUAGUUGGUCCGGGUGAAUUAUCCCAUAUGAUCCAUAUGGUGUUGUCAGGAAACCAUUUUGUCCUUAUCCAGUUACCGGUUAAUUGUCAUCUACCACCUAUCACUCCACAGUGGCGACCUGUUAGAGCCGCAAAUCUUGCCCACUUGUCGGAAAUGUUCGAAGAGCGCCUAUACAUGUGGCGUCGUUUAUCUAGGUUGGGAUAG